UCUGAUAUUCUAUAGAUAGGAUAUAUAAUAUGCCUAAUACUGUGGAAAACAAUGGGUUUUAAAUAUGGUUACUACAUCACAAUUUGACAACUGGUGGGUACGAUUUUUUUUAUUAUUUUGUUCUCAUUCAUGACCACCUGGGCCGAUCACCACAUUAAUAAACCCUGGUAUUACGGCACACUUCAGGCUAAAGGAAUUAAGACAAACACAGCGUUGGUGAAAAUCCGUGCCAUUCUUUGAAGAGCCCAGCCGAAGCGAAGGGGUUAAUUGGAGUUGGAGAUUCAUUGCACAUCUGUCAGAUUUUAAACCAGUGACGUAGGAGACCAGUGUGAGCAGGAGGAGAGGAGAGAGUUCGAGGGGGAAUCGAUGAAGUGGCAGAGAGAAGAGGGUGGAGGAAAAUCACGGGCGGCAAUAACAGAGAAUAAGCUAAGCUCUUAGAGAAAUCAGUGCCCCGCAACCGGGAGGCAAAAGACGGGUAAGCGACGCUUAGAUAAUCGUUGGUUUCUGGACUGCACGUUUCACCAUGUUGAAUUCUCAAUACAUCUGACCAAUUGCAUGAACCUGCGCGGACACGAGCAAGCCGUGUGGAAACAGACUACGAUACGGAUAAGAGAGAUGCGGAGGACAGAUACGUGAUUUUCUGAUUCAGAGCGAGUCAUGCCGCACCAAAUCUACAAUUGAGAUAAUCUUUCUUUCAUUUCUUUCAUUUUUGUAACAUUUAUUUUAUUUCGUAAAUAUUUCACCCGUUUCCAACAACGCCGCUGUUAGCCUCCGCCGUAUCGUGGGCAGGCUGCUAGUCGGACGCUUCUUUUCCAAAGACAAUGACAACGAUGCUGAGGGAAACAGAAUAACUGAUUGCUCUCACUGAUCAUUUGAUGCCCAAAAAACUUUCACAGUUUUACCUCCUGAAACAUUAGAUAAUUGAAUUUGCAGUGGGUUUAAAGAUAGGCAGAAGAAAAAGAAGAAAAAAAACCAUCACAGGAAAGCACCAGUUUUGGCAACAAGGGAGGAAGGAGCCUUACUGACCCAGAGCCUGAAUCAUUAUGAAUGGAGAUAUGGGAGAGAUGUCUGUGCACAGCCAUGUGGAGCUGCAGGACGGCAGGGACAUGCUCCACACGCGGGACCUCUCCGCUGCCUUCCCCCGGCCUUCCUUGGGGGACUCGGCCAUGGCUCUGGAGCCCGAGCACCGGCACCCCGGAUUUGACCCGUCCAUGUCGGCCCUGGGCUACGGAGCCAGAGACACCCAAGCCAUCGAGGGGAGCACCUACACCACCCUCACCCCUCUGCAGCCCUUCGAUGACAAGUUCCACCACCACCACCACCACCACUCCCAUCACCCCUGCCUGCCAGUCAGCAACGUCAUCGGGAGCUUCACCCUCAUGAGGGAAGACAGGGGCCUGGGGGGCAAUUUCUACAACCCAUAUGGCAAAGACUUUGGGGUGACCCACUCACCGCCGUCCGCAGCCCCUGGCCUGGAGACGGGCAUGCAUGGCUACAGCAGCCUGGGCACCAACCAGGGCAGCCAUGGCAGCCAGAUGCUCGCCAGCAGUCACGACAUGCACCUCGGUGGCAGCGGCGGCGGCGGCAUUUACUGCCGGACGCCCGAUUUCGGGCGAGAGAUGUCCCCGCCCGGGCUCCACGGCGACUCCUCUGGUCUUGGCCACCAGCUCAACAAAAUGGAGGCCCACCAGCACACCCCCAGCUACCACCCACACCUCUACACCCAGCACUACCAGCACCAUCUGUCCAGCCAGCAGGCCUCUAAGGCCAGGGAGUUCCACUCCAGCGGCUCCUCUUCCGCUUCGCUUCCCGGCGACGGCAUGCUGUCCAGCUCACAGAGCGGCGGCGGAGGUGCCGGUGGGGGCGGCGGCGGGGAGGAGAUCGACACCAAAGACUUGUCCGCACGGAUCAUCAACGAACUGAAGAGGUACAGCAUUCCGCAGGCCAUCUUCGCCGAGAGGGUGCUGUCCAGGUCGCAGGGCACCCUGUCCGACCUGCUGCGGAACCCCAAGCCCUGGGGAAAGCUGAAGUCCGGGCGGGAGACCUUCAAGAGGAUGUCCCGCUGGCUCCAGGAGCCCGAGUUCCAGAGGAUGGCGUCCUUGAGAAUGGAAGCCUGCAAGCGUAAGGAGCUGGAGCAGAGCAAGAUGGAGCGCAACCAGGUGCCCAAGCGCACGCGUCUGGUCUUCACCGACCUGCAGCGGCGCACCCUCUUGGCCAUCUUCCGUGAGAACCACCGGCCCACCAAGGACCUGCAGAUCACCAUCUCCCACCAGCUGGGCCUGGAGCUCACCACCGUCAGCAACUUCUUCAUGAACGCCCGCCGCCGCAACGUCAGCAAGUGGGCCGAAGAGGGCCGGCCGUCCUCCACGGGCUCCUCCGGCUCCAGCGCGUCCUCCUCGGCCGUGUCUUGCAGCACUGCAUGAUGGGAUAGGUAGAGUCAGCCAGCCCUGGCACCGGCCCGGUCACAGAGCAAGAGUGGCCCGCAUCUCAAAGAUGGAGGCUUGGUGUCGUGGGCCGCGAGGUAGCUAUGGAAUUAGGUGAUGUCAUUUUUUUUGUUCGGUUUUUUUUGUUUUGUUUUUGGCAUAAAUUUCAGGAGACUUUCAAACCAAAGUUUAUUGUCCUUUGUGGACAAGGUGAUAUUGAAUGUGUGAUGCAAGCCUGCUUUUGUGCCGUUUUAUGAAAGGUCACGCGUAAGGGGACGUCAAAGCAUAUGGCCUCUUUCACAGGCAUGCGUUUUUCUAAAAGUGUACUUUAUUUCAGCUGGGUUCAACAGCAGAUAAAAGGCAGAUCUAACUGAGUUGGACUUAAAUUACCCAGGGGUCAUUGCACUGCUCAUAGGUCCAUUUCUUUAUUGCCAUUCCCUAGCUUUAAAAAAAAAAAACCUCAGACCUCAUGACGUCAUCCUGUGUUCACUCUGGGCAAGUCUUUUGUCCCCCUUUAGUGUAAUGGACACAGAUUUAGUGUUUAUUUUCCCCAGGAGUGGACUAUUUUGUCUGAGGUCUGAAGGUGA